UUUAAGUCGGCGUGCUCAUUUGAACUGAUACGAAGCAGAAGACGGGCGGCCCAGCACUGAUUAUACAACUUUCCAAUCAAUAUUGAUGGAGUGGCAGCCAGAUGAACAGGGACUCCAGCAGGUCCUCCAGCUGCUUAAAGACUCCCAGUCGCCCAACACUGUCACGCAAAGAGCAGUCCAACAAAAACUUGAACAACUCAAUCAGUUCCCCGAUUUCAACAACUAUCUCAUCUUUGUCCUCACUAGACUGAAAACUGAAGAUGAGCCGACUCGCUCUUUGAGUGGUUUGAUACUGAAGAACAAUGUUAAGGCCCACUACCAGAACUUUCCUUCAGGAGUUUGCGAUUUCAUCAAGCGGGAAUGCCUCAACAGCAUCGGAGAUCCGUCUCCGCUUAUCCGGGCCACCAUUGGCAUCCUCAUCACCACCAUCGCCUCCAAAGGAGAGCUGCAAUCAUGGCCAGAGCUGCUGCCACAGCUCUGCAACUUGCUCGACUCGGAGGAUUACAACACUUGUGAGGGCUCGUUCGGGGCAUUGCAGAAGAUCUGCGAGGACUCGUCGGAGCUGCUGGACAGCGACGCUCUGAACAGGCCCCUCAACGUUAUGAUACCUAAAUUUCUUCAGUUCUUCAAGCAUUGCAGUCCAAAGAUUAGGUCCCACGCUAUCGCCUGCGUGAACCAGUUCAUCAUAGGGAGAGCCCAGGCCCUCAUGGACAACAUUGACACUUUUAUAGAGAGUCUGUUUGUGCUGGCAGCAGACGAAGACUCCGAGGUCCGUAAGAACGUGUGCAGAGCGCUCGUCAUGUUGCUGGAAGUCCGCAUUGACCGUCUAAUCCCCCAUAUGCACAGCAUCAUUCAGUAUAUGCUGCAGCGGACUCAGGAUCCUGAUGAGAACGUGGCUCUGGAAGCCUGCGAGUUCUGGUUGACUUUAGCGGAGCAACCAAUUUGUAAGGAGGCGCUGUCUGGACAUCUAGUGCAACUGAUCCCUGUUCUGGUAAAUGGGAUGAAGUAUUCAGAGAUCGACAUCAUACUAUUGAAGGGAGACGUGGAAGAAGACGAAGCGGUGCCGGACAGCGAGCAGGACAUCAAGCCCCGCUUCCACAAGUCACGCACUGUCACCUUGCAGCAUGAAGGAGGGGAGGGGGAAGAGGACGAAGACAUCGAAGAUGAGGAUGACGACGAUGACGAUGACGCGCUGACUGACUGGAACCUGCGAAAGUGUUCAGCUGCAGCACUCGACGUUCUGGCCAACGUGUUCCGUGACGAGCUGCUGCCUCACCUUCUGCCGCUCCUGAAAGGGCUGCUCUUCCACCCGGACUGGGUCAUCAAGGAGUCUGGCAUCCUGGUGCUUGGAGCCAUAGCUGAAGGUUGCAUGCAGGGCAUGAUUCCCUACCUGCCUGAGCUCAUCCCUCACCUCAUUCAGAGUCUAAGCGACAAGAAAGCUCUAGUGCGCUCCAUCGCCUGCUGGACCUUGAGUCGCUACGCACAUUGGGUAGUCUCCCAGCCCCCCGACUCCUACCUCAAACCCCUCAUGACUGAGCUCCUGAAGCGCAUCUUGGACAGCAACAAGAGGGUGCAGGAGGCCGCCUGCAGCUCCUUUGCCACCCUGGAGGAGGAGGCGUGCACAGAACUGGUCCCCUACCUGAGCUUCAUCCUGGACACUCUGGUAUUUGCCUUCGGGAAAUACCAGCACAAGAAUCUCCUCAUCCUGUACGAUGCUAUCGGGACUUUGGCAGAUUCAGUGGGUCACCAUCUUAAUCAACCUGAGUACAUUCAGAAGCUGAUGCCCCCUUUAAUAGCAAAGUGGAAUCAGCUAAAAGAUGAAGACAAGGAUCUUUUCCCUUUAUUAGAGUGUCUGUCGUCCGUAGCGACAGCGCUGCAGAGUGGCUUCCUGCCGUAUUGUGAGCCUGUUUAUCAGCGAUGCGUCACGUUAGUCCAAAAGACGCUUGCUCAGGCGAUGAUGUACAACCAGCAUCCUGACCAGUACGAGGCUCCAGACAAAGAUUUUAUGAUCGUGGCCUUGGAUCUGCUGAGUGGACUUGCCGAGGGUCUCGGCGGCCACGUGGAGCAACUAGUGGCUCGAUCGAACAUAAUGACCCUUCUUUUUCAGUGCAUGCAGGACACCAUGCCUGAAGUGAGACAAAGCUCUUUCGCCCUCCUGGGGGAUCUGACCAAGGCGUGCUUCCUCCAUGUGAAGCCCUGCAUUGCUGAGUUUAUGCCCAUCCUGGGCCUCAACCUGAACCCAGAGUUUAUCUCUGUGUGUAACAACGCCACCUGGGCCAUCGGGGAGAUCUCUAUGCAAAUGGGUGCAGAGAUGCAGCCUUACGUUGGCAUGGUGCUCCCUCACCUGGUGGAGAUCAUCAACAGACCCAACACACCCAAAACUCUGCUGGAAAACACAGCCAUUACGAUCGGCAGACUCGGGUUCGUCUGCCCUCAGGAAGUGGCCCCACAGCUGCAGCAUUUCAUCAGACCCUGGUGCACGUCGUUGAGAAAUAUUAGAGAUAAUGAGGAGAAGGACUCUGCUUUUCGGGGAAUCUGCGUUAUGAUUGGUGUCAAUCCUGCAGGAGUUGUACAGGACUUUAUUUUCUUCUGUGACGCUGUGGCUUCAUGGGUCAGUCCAAAGGAUGACCUGCGAGAUAUGUUUUAUAAGAUCCUGCAUGGCUUCAAGGACCAGGUGGGAGAAGAGAACUGGCAGCAGUUCUCUGAGCAGUUCCCCCCUCUGUUGAAAGAACGUCUAUCGGCCUGCUACGGUGUCUAAUCCAACCCUUGUUCCACUGACCUGUCAAGUAAGUUCAUGAAGGGGAGGGUAACAGGAGAACUCAUUGCACUGCCCAAAUAAUGGGGAGAAAGUGGAGCUGGAGGGAUGCGACUGGCCCUGAUCCUCCAGUCUGCGGAUGGCCUCCUUUUCCCCUGCGCCCUGUUUGUCUCUGAGGGAGGGUGGGAUGAGGGCGGUAGCUGAGGGAGGGUAAACCAGGGAUAUAUGUAUACCUCUCGUAAUAAAUGCCUCACUGCUAGAAACUCAAAAGUGACUUUCGCCAACCGCAAUCCAGGGAUCUCGGGUAGGUGAGGGCAACACAGUGGGAUUGGGGUGUGGGGGGGGAGAGUUCAGACCCCCCCGUCUUCACGAUUGGAUUGUUCAUACAAGUUA